AAUACUUUAUUAAAAGAAUAUAUAGUUAAAGAUCUUAGUAUUUAUGAUAUGAAUGAAAUAGAUCUUGAUACAACAGAUAAUAUUAGUGUGUUUGAUCUUGAGAAGGUAUCAGAUGAAGAUGAAAAAUUAGAACAAAUAAAAUCAUUAGCUACAACUAUCUAUUUAAUUAAAU